CAACGGCGAGGUAGCUCGCCUCAAACCUGUUGUAGUUAGCUUGCUAGCUAGCUAGCAUUACCUACUUAGCGAACGAUGGCUAAAUGAGCUAAUCCUGUUAACGAUAUCUUGUGAGAUAGGCAACAGUAUGCUCCGAGGAAGUAACUGUAAGUUAGCGUUUCAGAAGAAUGGAAGGUGUGGAGGAGAGGCGACCUAUCAAAAAGACAGAAAGCAAGACGAAUUGCACAGCGUCUGCCCGGCCACCUAGACAGAGGGAGCGACAGGGGAAAUCACCUCGCAGGCGGCGUGAAGUGAAGAGGUCGCAGCGACGACUAGAUGGUCAAGAACAGCUGUUGUGGGGCUGCGAGCAGCGGAAGUUACCUGGGCAACAUGAGCUCUCCGAACCUACUGGCUCGACAGUAGAGACGUCUGAUAGCUCUCCCAAGAGAUGGGAUAGGUGCAGACGAGGCCAUUUUCUUCAUGGACCAUAUCCAACCACUCAUUUUGGACCCAAAGCCUGCAUUCUUCCCAACCCAACCUCAAUCAUGCAUAUCCAAGACCCAGCCAGUCAGCGCUUGACUUGGAACAAGCCGCCGGUCAAUGUCCUGGUCAUCAGGAAGAUUCGCGACGACAGUCUUCUGGAGCCCUUCAAAGAGCUGUGCCAGUUCCUGGUGGAGGAAAAGAAGUUGAUGGUGUUUGUCGAGAAGAAAGUUGCUGAUGACGUCACUCUCACAAACGAUGAGGCCUUCUCUUCUAUUUGUAAAAAACUCUGCACUUUCAGAGAAGGCUUUGAUGACAUAUCCCACUGUAUCGACCUCAUCAUCUGCCUGGGUGGAGAUGGAACCCUCCUGUACGCAUCCUCCCUAUUCCAGGGAAGUGUUCCUCCCGUAAUGGCUUUCCACCUGGGCUCAUUGGGUUUCCUCACGCCCUUCAAGUUUGAGUCUUACAGGACAGAAGUGGCCAAAGUGUUUGAAGGAAACGCAGCCAUCAUCCUGCGCAGCCGGCUCAAGGUGAAGGUGGUGAAGGACGUGCCAGAGCGGAGCGAGCAGGACGGCGGCCCCGAUGAGAACGGCCUAGAGCCUCACGGCCAUGGCAGCAGCGAGGCCGGCAAAGUCACUCUACUACAGGUGCUGAACGAGGUGGUGGUGGACAGAGGCCCCUCGUCCUACCUGUCCAACGUGGACCUGUACCUGGAUGGACGUCUCAUCACCUCCGUGCAGGGAGACGGAGUCAUAGUGUCCACACCCACGGGCAGCACAGCCUACGCCGCGGCCGCCGGAGCCUCCAUGAUCCACCCCAACGUGCCGGCCAUCAUGGUCACCCCCAUCUGCCCCCACUCACUAUCCUUCAGGCCCAUUGUGGUGCCCGCGGGGGUGGAGCUCAUGAUCAUGCUGUCUCCUGAUGCACGAAACACAGCCUGGGUGUCAUUUGACGGCAGGAAGAGGCAGGAGAUUAAGCACGGGGACAGCAUUAAGAUCACCACCUCCUGCUACCCGGUGCCCUCCAUCUGCUGUCACGACCUGGUGUACGACUGGUUCGACAGUCUGGCCCAGUGUCUCCACUGGAACGUGCGCAAGAAGCAGACACGUCUGUCCGAGGCCUCCGACUCCUCAGACACAGAGAACUGACAGUGCUCCAACCCUGCCCACUUGGUUUGUCUGUUUGUUUGUCUCUUUGUCUGUCUGUCUGUUUUGGUUUUAUUUUUGUUUCUGCAUCUCUCUUCUAGGGUGAGUGGACAGACAUAGGACUGAGUUGUUACAUGCUGUGUAGCACUGUAUUUAUUCGUUGAGGGCAUGUUCAGCACUGUCAGUACUCUGUGCAAAGUCAUUUUUGUCGUCUUUUCAUUGUCACUGUAGGGGCAGUGCUGCCCCGCUUACGUAAUUUUUAUCAUUUCUGUUCUUAUUUUUUUACGCAUAUGUAAUCAUUCUGUAGACUGCUACAUUUGUGACAGCUACAGCCUAAUUCAUACAUUCCAAAACAGAAAGACCUGUCUGGCUUGUGCAGUGUGACUAACUCAUUUAAUAAAAAGGCUUACCUCUCUGUCCUUUUGACUGGAGGGACCUUUUUGUACCUCUCUUUAUGGCUGGUAUGCAUCUUAACUUGUUUUAGUUUUCACUUCUUACAAUGGUGAUGGAGAUGCAGACUAGGUUAUUACAAUUAACAUCCUGAAGACAGAAUGAUGUAAUUUACUUUUUUUCUGUUAUGUGAGAUAACACGGCUAAUUAGAAGUCUAUGAAUUGUGCUUAUGAGAAAUUCUAGAGUUUAAACAUGAAAUAUAAAUUAUGUUUAUCAUAUUUAUUACACAGUGUAUCUAAUAGGACAUAGAGAUUGUUAACGAAGUGGGGCUCUGUUUAACUUGCUUUAAAACAAAACAAAAAGUACUCGUCACAGUUCCUCUACAUUACAUGGGACGAGAAAGGUAUAUAUUUCUACUAAUUACCACCAUUAGUCUUCACACUUUUACUGCAAAUAAAAUAUUGAAAUGAAAGGUU